AAAAAAAAGGGUCACCGCUGACCAAACGAGCAACAGGCAACGGACCAAAACCCUAAUACAUAAAGGAGGAACUGAAAUAUUAAAAGUGUUUAUCAGAGGAACUUUUCAGUGACGCACAUGUUGGGCACGAUGCACCGCAGCAGGAGCAGCAGCGGGAACAACCGGACCACGACCAUCCAACAACCUGUUGUCCUGGUGGAGUCAGUCAAGGAGACGAAGCAACGGUUGAGGGAGGAGCGUGAAGCCAAGCGAGCCCAGCUGGACGGAAGACAUGACUACGUCCUCAGUAUUGUUGCUUCAUGCGUGGGUUUGGAGAAAUCUGAUGUGGAAGAUGCCAUCCUGGAGGGGAAUCAGAUUGAACGCAUGGAGCAGUUCUUUAUGGUCGGGGGUCUUCAAAGUCUCAUGUUCUUUUAUCAGGACACUGAGCCAGUGGAAGAAGCAGCAGCAGCAGCAGCUCCUGCGUCCUCCCAGCAUGUUGCUCAGCAGUCUGGUUGCAACAGGAAAGUGUUUGUGACAGAUGGGAAUGAUGUGGCACUGACAGGGAUGUGUGUCUUCUUCACCAGAGACAGCACUUCUCACACAAUCACCUCCGAGAACAUACACAGGGAUGUCAGUUUCAAUAUGUUAGACACAAGAGAAGUGGGCUUGUUAAAAAGUGUGGAACAGUUGCUCGCCGACAUCUUCAUCCCUACACUGAGGAAUAUGAACCAUGGCUGGGGGGAACUGGCCAGUCCUCAGGCCCGGGCUGUUAAACAGGAAUUCAUAUCAUCUUUGGAAAACUUCGUGUCCGUUUUGGCCGUAACACAGGAGUGUCUGCGAGAGAAGGUUACCUUGAAAGACUGCGACUCAUUUGACAUGCGGGUGUUGAAAAGUCCAUCAGAUUACAUGGCAGCAGCCGGCAGCUCAGACACCACAGAAAAGCUAGAAACCUGCAUGAAAGUGUGGAUCAGACAGAUUGAACAGGUUAUUGUGGAGAGUGAACAGUUGAGAAAGGAGGACGAUGAUCUUGGCCCUCGGGCAGAGCUGGUCCACUGGAAGAGACAUAUGUCCCGCUUCAAUCACCUUUUGGACCAACUGAAGAGACCUGAUGUCAGAGCCGUACAGGGCGUGCUCCAGUUGGCCAAAUCUAAACUUAUAAAGCCGUGGCAGGAGCUGUACAGCAGAAUCAUUGAUGCAGCCAAUGAGGGCAAGGACAACGUCAAAUACCUUUACACCCUGGAGAAGUACUAUGAACCUCUUUACAACAGUGAUCCUGUAUCCAUGGUGAAUUCAGUCCCAAGUUUGAUCAAUGCCAUCAGGAUGAUGCACAGCUUUUCCAGCUACUUCAACACAUCAGAAAAGAUUACUUCACUUUUUGUUAAGGUGACCAACCAGAUGAUAACAGCAUGCAAGUCCUACAUCACUAAUAAUGACUCUAACUCAAUAUGGGACCAGCCUCAGCAAGUUGUUGUUGACAAAAUCAAAGCUGCCAUUCACCUAAACCAGGAAUACCAGCGGGUUUUCCAUGAAACAAAAGAGAAGCUGGAACAGACUCCCUCAGAGAGACAGUUUGACUUCAGUGAGAUGUACAUUUUCGGGAAGUUUGACACGUUCGAGCGACGACUCAACAAGAUCCUGGAAAUGUUCCACACAAUUUCCACCUACUCGGUCCUGCAGGAUUCCAACAUAGUAGGACUGGAGACCAUGGCUACCAGAUUUCAAGCUAUUGUGCUGGACAUGAAGAAAAAGCAUUACAGUUUCCUCGACCAGAGAAGAACUGACUUUGACGUUGACUAUGAGCAGUUCUGCAAAAGCACAUCUGAGCUCCAUAAUCAGCUGAAGAGCUUCAUGGAUAGCACCUUUGAAACUAUUCAAAAUACAGAAAAGGCUCUAAAAGUGCUGAAGACAUUUGAAAGAUUGGGCAUCCCGGACCUGGGCAUUGACGAGAAGUAUCAGCAUAUUCUGCAGAACUAUGGCCGCGAAAUUGAAAUCGUGUCCCGUACGUACGUGAAGCAUAAACUGGACCCUCCCAUUGGCCGGGAUCUUCCCCCUGUGGCUGGCAAGAUAAUGUGGGCUCGGCAUCUGUACAGCAGGAUGCAGGUUCCUAUGGAUCUAUUCCAACAGCGUCCUGGAGUUCUUUCCACACCGGAGGCCAAAAGGAUCAUCAGGAACUUUAAUAGGGUUGCAAAGGUCCUGGUGGAGUUUGAGAUAUUCCACCAUCAAAGCUGGAUGAAAGAGAUGGAGCACGCUCGUGUUGGCUUGCAGGCCUCUCUGUUGGCCAGAUCUGUGGAGACGGGGGAACUGUUUGUCAACUUUGACCCGCAUAUUCGGACCCAGAUCAGGGAGACAAACUGCAUGACGAGGAUGAAACUGGACAUUCCGCCAUUUGCUGCUGUGCUGCAGCAGAGGCAGAACACCUUCAAAAAGAACUAUGGCAAAUUACAGUUAAUGUUGAGUGAGAACACCAGAGUGCGGGCGAAGAUCCAGACUGCUUUCGUACAGCUGGCCAUGCCACAUGUAGCUAAGGUGGAUAGAGCCAUACAACCAGGUUUAACCUCCCUCAACUGGACAUCUCUGAACAUAGAGAAGUACCUAAGUGACAUCGACAAGGCUUUGGUUGACCUGGAGCUGUUAAUGGACCGAGUGAAUGACUUGGUGGAGUACAGGAUAGAUGCAGUUCUGCAGGAGAUGAGUGGCACCACACUGUGUGUUCUGCCAGAGGAUGAACCAGUCACCUGUGAGGAGUUCAUUCAGACCAGCAAGGACCUGUGCAUAAGACAAGCCCAGAACCUCAACACUAAGAGCUCACUAGUGGAGGAGGCCACUAAUGAAGUGAUUAACAUGCUGCUGGAGUUUGACCACAAUCAGAGAGAGGAGGUGGAAAAGGAUGAGGAAGAAAAUUGCACUGAGAGCAACAUCAUGGACCACAUUAAUGAGGGUGAAGAAGAGGGCCGCUCAGAGGGCUGUCUCUUCUCUAGAAACACUUUGCUCCCUCCUGCCAGCAUUGGUCCCUCCUCUCCUUUGGUGAGGAGGAGGAAGAAGAGGGAUCUGAUGGAAGUGAUGGAGGAAGAGGCCCAGGAGCUGCUCUCCUACUUCAGCCACCGCAACGUUGAUGCUUUAUUUAGACUGACACGCAACACCCUGGAGAUGCUACGCAAGCGCGUCCAGGGCUCCUCACCCGUGCUUUUCUUGGUUGAGAGUGAGUCACCCAGUUGUGGCGAAAGCAGCGGUCAGCCGGCAAUCUUCAGAGUCAACGUGAAUCUCUCCAUCCCACACGUUGCCAUGUUUCCAGCGCUGGAAGACGUACAGCAGGCUUUAAACCAGGCUGUAAAGUGCGUGGUCAAUGUCAGCAAGGGGGUCAGCCAGUGGAGCAAAGAAAGGAUCUCAAAGAGAAAAAUGAAUGAAAGACGUAUGGCGGCUCUGAAACAGGACGGAGCAACAGCAUGCAGCGUGGCUGAUGGCAGCACCUCAGACAUUUCAGCAACUGCGACUCAGAACAUUCCAUUCCAAGCAAGGAACUACCACAAGACUAUAUCUGAGAACAAGGAGAUCGUUAAACUGGUGUCUGUUCUCAGUGUCUCCAUCAGUUCCACCAAAAAGGAAGUCACCUCUGCUCUCAACCGUUUUAACCGUUACCAUCACAUCUGGAUGAAGGACCGUGAAGAGACCUUGCGAACUUUUAUUCAGGAGAGUCCUCUGCUAUCAGAGUUCGAGAGCCAGAUUCUAUUCUAUCGAGAUCUGGAGCUAGAGAUAAACUCACAACCAGAGUUUUUUACAGUGGGCGCUUUGGCUUUCUUCACAGCGGACCUGAAGUUGUCCCUCACUUGUGAAACCAAGAACUGGAUGAUGGACUAUGGACUGAACUGUAACAGGAAAUAUCGUUCAGAGAUGGAGCAGAUCUUCGCUUUUAUAGAUGAAGCGGGAAAGAAACUGAAUCGUCAGAUUAAAGACCUGGAUGAUAUCCGCAUCGCCAUGGCAGCACUCAAGGAGAUCAGAGAGAAGCAAAUAUCUAUUGAUUUCCAAGUUGGACCCAUAGAGGAAUCGUAUGCCAUGCUUCACAAAUAUGAGCUGCCGGUGGCAAAAGAAGAGGCCGAUAAGGUGGAUACGCUGCGUUACACGUGGGAGAAGCUGCUGUCCCGGAGCACGGAGAUACAGAACGAGCUGGUGGCCCUGCAGCCAAACUUCAGACAGGAACUGCUCAGCAAUGUGGAGACUUUCAUGCAGGACUGUCAAAACUUUUACCAGGAUUACGAGACGGAUGGCCCCAUGGCAGUGGGGUUAUCUCCUCAGGAUGCCAGUGACAGGCUCAUCAUGUUCCAGAAUCGGUUUGACAACCUGUUCAGGAAGUACAACACUUACUCUGGUGGAGAGGAGCUGUUCGGACUUCCUGUCACCCAGCAUCCUCAGCUAUUGGAGAUAAGGAAGCAGCUGGCUCUGCUGCAGAAGCUCUAUGGCCUUUACAGCAACGUCAUUGAAACCGUCACUGGUUACUAUGAUAUCCUGUGGGCUGACAUCCACAUUGAAAAGAUCAACAAUGAACUAAUGGACUUUCAGACAAGGUGUCGCAAACUGCCACAAGCUCUGAAGGACUGGCAGGCAUUUUUGGACCUUAAGAAAACGAUUGAUGAAUUCAGUGAGUGCUGCCCCCUACUGGAACUCAUGAGUAACAAGGCAAUGAUGACGCGCCACUGGAAGAGAAUCACUGAGGUGACUGGCCAUAACUUUGAAGUUGAAACUGAUACAUUCAAGCUACGCAACAUUAUGGAGGCUCCUCUGCUCGAGUAUAAAGAGGAGAUUGAGGAUAUCUGUAUCAGUGCCGUGAAAGAGCGGGACAUUGAGCAAAAGCUGAAACAGGUGAUCGCUGAGUGGGACUACAAAACUUUCACGUUUGCCAGCUUCAAGACUCGUGGCGAGCUGCUCCUGAGAGGAGACAGCACAUCAGAGAUCAUCGCCAGCAUGGAGGACAGCCUGAUGGUUUUGGGGUCCCUUAUGAGCAACAGGUACAACACUCCAUUUAAAGCCCAGAUUCAGAAGUGGGUUCAGAAUCUCUCCAACACCACCGAUAUCAUUGAAAGCUGGAUGACGGUUCAGAACCUCUGGAUCUACUUGGAGGCUGUGUUUGUGGGUGGAGACAUCGCCAAACAGAUGCCAAAGGAAGCAAAGCGUUUCUAUAACAUCGACAAAUCCUGGGUGAAGAUUAUGAUGCGAGCGCAUGAGAUGCCAAAUGUGGUCCAAUCAUGUGUGGGAGACGAAACCAUGGGACUGCUGCUUCCUCGCCUCCUGGAACAGCUGGAGAUGUGUCAGAAGUCACUCACAGGCUAUUUAGAGAAGAAGCGUCUACAGUUUCCUCGUUUCUUCUUUGUCUCCGACCCUGCACUGCUGGAGAUCCUGGGCCAGGCCUCUGACUCUCACACCAUCCAGGCCCAUCUUCUCAACGUCUUUGACAACAUUAAAGUUGUCAAAUUCCAUGACAAAGUAUACGACCGUAUUGUGGCUGUUUCAUCACGGGAAGGGGAGACUGUGGAACUUGAGCGUCCAGUCACAGCAGAGGGGAACGUAGAGGUUUGGCUCAAUGCUCUGCUGAAGGAAUCCCAGAGGUCUUUGCACUCAGUGAUACGGCAGGCUGCCAUGGCCAUCCAAGAUACAGGCUUCCAGCUCAUUGACUUCCUGAACUCCUUCCCCUCUCAGGUGGGCUUGUUAGGUAUUCAGAUGAUAUGGACAAGGGACUCGGAGGAGGCUCUGACCAAUGCCAGGUAUGAUCGCCGCAUUAUGGCCAAAACCAACCAGCUCUUUCUGGAACUGCUCAACACACUGAUCGACAUGACCACGAGAGACCUUGGGGCAGUGGAGAGGACCAAGUAUGAGACCCUCAUCACCAUCCAUGUCCACCAGAGGGACAUUUUUGAUGAGCUGUGCCGGCUGCACAUCAAAAGCCCCAAUGACUUUGAGUGGCUGAAGCAGUGCCGUUUCUACUUCAACGAGGACUCAGACAAGAUGAUCAUCAACAUCACAGAUGUGGGAUUCGUCUACCAGAAUGAAUUCCUGGGCUGCACUGAAAGGCUUGUCAUUACACCUUUGACUGACAGGUGCUACAUCACCUUAGCCCAGGCUCUUGGUAUGAGUAUGGGUGGAGCCCCUGCUGGGCCAGCAGGAACAGGCAAGACAGAGACUGUGAAAGAUAUGGGUCGCUGUCUAGGGAAGUAUGUAGUGGUCUUCAACUGUUCUGACCAGAUGGACUUCAGAGGCUUGGGCCGAAUAUUCAAAGGUCUGGCACAGUCUGGUUCUUGGGGCUGUUUUGACGAGUUCAACCGCAUUGACCUCCCGGUUUUGUCCGUGGCCGCCCAGCAGAUCGCAACAGUUCUCACUUGCAAGAAGGAACGCCGGCAAAACUUUUUCUUCACCGAUGGCGAUAGUGUGGAUAUGAACCCGGAGUUUGGCAUCUUUCUCACCAUGAACCCAGGUUACGCAGGUCGCCAGGAGCUUCCCGAGAACCUGAAGAUCAACUUUCGAUCGGUGGCCAUGAUAGUCCCUGACCGUCAGAUCAUUAUUGGGGUCAAACUGGCGAGUUGUGGCUUCAUAGAUUAUAUGGAGCUGGCGCGCAAGUUCUUCACUCUUUACAAGCUGUGUGAGGAGCAACUCUCCAAACAGGUUCAUUAUGACUUUGGACUGCGGAACAUUCUGUCAGUGCUGCGGACACUGGGAGCGGCCAAGCGCGCCAACCCCAGUGACACUGAGUCCACCAUCGUCAUGAGGGUCCUCAGGGACAUGAAUCUCUCCAAACUGAUUGAUGAGGAUGAGCCACUCUUCCUCAGCUUGAUCGAAGACCUCUUUCCUGGCAUCCAACUUAACAAAGCAGGCUACCCUGAACUAGAGGCAGCCAUUGACAAACAGAUUGAGGAGGCCGGUCUGAUCAAUCAUCCUCCCUGGAAGCUGAAGAUAAUCCAGCUGUAUGAGACUCAGAUGGUCCGACACGGCAUCAUGGCCCUGGGUCCCAGUGGCUCUGGAAAGACAACAUGUAUACACACACUGAUAAAAGCGAUGACAGAGUGUGGUCAGCCACACAGAGAGAUGCGCAUGAACCCCAAAGCCAUUACAGCCCCUCAGAUGUUUGGACGUUUGGAUGUGGCCACGAACGACUGGACUGACGGCAUCUUCUCGACACUAUGGAGGAAAACACUGAAAGCAAAGAAAGGAGAACACAUCUGGAUUGUUCUGGAUGGACCAGUUGAUGCAAUCUGGAUUGAGAACCUAAAUUCUGUUUUGGACGACAACAGAACACUUACACUGGCAAAUGGAGACCGUAUACCCAUGGCUCCCAACUGUAAGGUGGUAUUUGAGCCACAUAACAUCGACAACGCCUCUCCAGCCACUGUUUCACGCAACGGCAUGGUGUUCAUGAGCUCCUCUGUGCUCAACUGGAGUCCUAUACUGGAGGGCUGGUUGAAGAAACGCUCCCCACAGGAGGCAGAGGUGCUGAGGGAGCUCUUCUCCUCCUCCUUCACUGAGCUCUACCACUUCAGCAUGCAGUCUCUGGAGUCCAAGAUGGACAUGCUAGAAGCCUUUGUCAUCAUGCAGUGCAUCAACAUGCUGCAGGGACUCAUACCAUCGAAGGAGCAGUGUGGCGAUUUAUCCAGAGAGCACUUGGAGCGGCUGUAUGUCUUCGCCCUGAUGUGGAGCAUCGGGGCCUUAUUUGAACUGGACGACCGAAAGAAGAUGGAAAUUUGGCUCAGAGGGAACAACAGUAUCCGUCUGAAUUUGCCAGACAUUCCCUGUGACAGCGAGGACAAUAUGUUUGACUACUACGUCACAGCAUAUGGUGAGUGGGUUCACUGGAACACCAGAGUGGAGGAAUAUGUUUAUCCAUCUGAAGUCACACCAGAGUAUAGCUCCAUCUUGGUCCCAAAUGUGGACAAUGUUAGGACAGACUUCCUCAUUCAGACCAUCGCCAAGCAGGGGAAGGCUGUUUUGCUGAUUGGAGAGCAAGGGACAGCUAAGACUGUGAUGAUCAAGAGCUACAUGUCGAAAUAUAAUCCUGAGAACCAUAUGGGCAAGAGCGUCAACUUCUCUUCUGCUACAACACCAUUCAUGUUCCAGAGGACAGUGGAGAGCUAUUUGGAUAAGAGGAUGGGAACUACUUAUGGACCCCCUGCUCGGAAGAAAAUGUCAAUUUUCAUUGAUGACAUCAACAUGCCUGUAAUAAACGAGUGGGGAGACCAGGUGACUAAUGAGAUUGUCAGACAGCUGAUGGAGCAAAAUGGCUUCUUUAAUUUGGAGAAACCAGGAGAGUUUACCAACAUUGUGGAUGUUCAGUUCCUGGCAUCUAUGAUCCAUCCCGGCGGAGGCCGUAAUGACAUCCCACAGAGACUGAAAAGGCAGUUUUCUGUUUUCAACUGUACUCUGCCCUCCAAUUCUUCCAUAGACAAAAUAUUUGGUGUGAUUGGUGAGGGCCACUUCUGCGAAGGUCGAGGUUUCACUGAGGAUGUGCAGAGGCUCGUGCGCCGCCUCGUGUCUCUCACGCGUUGCUUCUGGCAGUUGACCAAGGUCAAGAUGCUUCCAACUCCUGCCAAAUUCCACUACAACUUCAACCUGAGGGAUCUGUCCAGGAUCUGGCAAGGCAUGCUCAAUACCAGCGCUGAGGUGGUCAGCUCUGUCUCGGUGCUGCUGUCGUUGUGGAAGCACGAGUGUAAACGUGUGAUAGCUGACAGGUUUACCAUGCCUGAGGAUGUGGAGUGGUUUGACCUGGCUUUGGCAAAACUGGUGGAGGAGGAGCUUGGUGCGGAGCACAAGAACGUGGUGGACUGUGACGUAGACAGACACUUUGUCGACUUCCUGCGAGAUGCACCCGAGGCUACUGGGGAGGAGCCAGAAGACUCAGACUUUGAUUUGCCAAAGGUGUAUGAGCCCAUUGAAUCCUUUGAGAGUUUAAAGGGCCGUUUGAACAUGUUCCUGAGCCACUACAAUGAGAGCAUCAGGGGAACUGGCAUGGACAUGGUCUUCUUUCAGGAUGCCAUGAUACACCUGGUCAAGGUGUCACGGAUCAUCAGGACACCUGGGGGUAAUGCCUUGUUGGUGGGUGUUGGGGGCUCAGGCAAACAGAGUCUAACCAGACUGGCCUCCUUCAUAGCUGGAUACGAGAUCUUCCAGAUCACUCUGACACGGUCGUACAACACAGCCAACUUAAUGGAGGAUUUGAAAGUCUUGUACAGAACCGCCGGCCUGCACGGGAAAGGCAUCACCUUCAUCUUUACGGACAGUGAAAUCAAAGACGAGUCUUUCCUCGAGUACUUGAACAACGUCCUGUCGUCUGGAGAGGUGUCCAACCUGUUUGCCCGUGAUGAGAUCGAUGAGAUCCUCAGCAGUCUCAUCCCUGUCAUGAAGCGUGAGUUUCCCAGACGACCGCCGUCUAAUGAGAACCUGUACGAGUAUUUCAUGUCACGGGUUCGACGAAACCUUCACGUUGUUCUGUGCGUCUCGCCCGUUGGAGAGAAGUUCCGCAACCGCGCAUUAAAGUUUCCAGCGCUGAUAUCUGGUUGCACAAUGGACUGGUUCAGCCGCUGGCCAAAGGAUGCUCUUGUUGCAGUGUCCGAGCACUUCCUGUCUGUCUAUGACAUCGACUGCUCACCACAGGUCAAAAGAGAGGUCGUCCAGUGCAUGGGUUCCUUCCAUGAUGGUGUGGCAGAGAAAUGUGCAGACUACUUCCAAAGAUACCGACGCUCCACCCAUGUCACGCCAAAGUCCUACCUGUCCUUUAUUCAAGGCUACAAGACUAUAUAUAAGGAGAAGAGAUCUGAAGUCCAGACCCUUGCUAACAGAAUGAAAACUGGGCUCCAGAAGCUGAAGGAAGCAUCUGAGUCCGUCGUGGCACUGAGUGCAGAGCUGGAGGUGAAAGAGAGGGAGUUGCUGGUUGCUACUGACAAGGCUGAUAUGGUGCUUAAGGAGGUGAUAGUAAAAGCCCAGGCAGCAGAGCGGGUGAAGGUGGAGGUGCAGAAGGUAAAGGACAAAGCCCAGGCCCUUGUAGACAGCAUCUCAGCAGAUAAAGCCAUCGCUGAGGAGAAACUGAAAGCUGCACAGCCAGCUCUCGCCGAGGCAGAGGCAGCACUGCAGACGAUCAAACCGUCCGACAUUUCCACGGUGCGAAAACUCAGCCGCCCCCCGCACCUGGUCAUGCGGAUCAUGGACUGCGUGCUGCUGCUUCUGCAGAAGCGCCUCAACCCAGUGGAGAUCGACCCAGAGAAGAACUGCAUUAUGCCUUCGUGGCAGGAAUCCCAGAAACUCAUGACUUCAGGAAACCUCCUGGGCAGUCUGCAGCAAUUCCCCAAAGACACUAUCAACAGGGAAAUGGUGGAGCUGCUGCAGCCUUACUUUGAAAUGCCCGACUACGACAUCGAGACAGUAAUCAAGGCAUGUGGCAACAUGGCUGGCCUUGCAUCCUGGACAAAGUCCAUGGCCACCUACUUCUCCAUCAACAAGGAGGUCUUACCCUUGAAGGCUAACUUAGCAGUGCAGGAAAGUCGUCUGGCCAAAGCUAAUGUGUACCUGCAGAAAGCUCAGGCUGAGCUGGAUGUGAAGCAGGCAGAGCUGGAUGCAGUGCAGGCCGAGUAUGACAAGGUCCUGAUGAAGAAACAGACUCUGCAGGAGGACGCUGAGCGCUGCAGACACAAAAUGCAGACAGCGUCCAGUCUCAUCAGCGGCCUUGCUGGAGAGAAGGAGAGAUGGACACAGCAGAGCAAAGAGUUUGCUGCCCAAACCAAACGCCUUGUCGGUGAUAUUCUUCUUGCCACAGCGUUCCUCUCUUACUCCGGCCCUUUCAAUCAGCAGUUUCGAAAUCACUUACUGAGUGACUGGCAGCGGGAGUUGCAGCAGCGUUGUAUCCCGUUCUGCAACAAUCUCAAUUUGAUUGAGCUGCUCGCUGAUGCUCCCACUGUCAGCGAAUGGAACCUGCAGGGGCUCCCCAGUGAUGACCUAUCCAUCCAGAAUGGUAUCAUUGUGACCAAAGCCACACGUUUCCCUCUUCUUAUUGACCCACAAAUGCAGGGGAAAAUCUGGAUAAAGAACAAAGAGGCCAAGAAUGAGAUGCAGAUCACCUCCAUGAACCACAAGUACUUCAAGAGCCACCUGGAGGACAGCUUGUCUCUAGGUCGUCCACUUUUGAUCGAGGAUAUAGGGGAGGAGCUGGACCCUGCGCUCGACAACAUCCUUGAGAAAAACUUCAUCAAAACUGGCUCCACUUACAAGGUGAAAGUUGGCGACAAAGAGGUGGAUGUGAUGAAGGGUUUCAGGCUCUAUGUAACCACCAAGCUGCCCAACCCGGCUUACACUCCUGAAAUCAGUGCUCGCACCUCCAUCAUCGACUUCACCGUCACCAUGAGAGGGCUGGAGGACCAGCUGCUGGGCAGAGUCAUCCUCACUGAAAAACAGGAACUGGAGAAGACGAGAACAGACCUCUUGGAAGAUGUGAUAAUCAACAAGAGAAAGAUGAAGGAGUUAGAGGACAGCCUCUUCUACAGACUGACCAGCACACAGGGUUCACUGGUGGAUGAUGAGAGUCUGAUUGUUGUCCUUGGCAACACCAAAAACACAGCUGAGGAGGUCACUCAGAAACUCUCAAUCGCUGCCGAGACCGAAAUCCAGAUUAAUGCAGCGCGAGAGGAGUACCGACCUGUGGCCACCAGGGGCAGUAUCCUGUACUUCCUGAUCACUGAAAUGAGCAUGGUCAACGUCAUGUAUCAGACGUCUCUGAGACAGUUCCUGGGACUCUUUGACUUUUCCCUGGUUAGGUCUGCCAGAAGCCCUUUCACAAGCAAACGCAUCACCAACAUCAUCGAGUUCAUGACCUACGAGGUGUACACGUAUGCAGCGCGAGGUCUUUACGAAGAGCACAAGUUCCUGUUCACGCUGCUGUUGACGCUGAAGAUCGACAUGCAGAGCAACAGGGUCGAACACUCCGAGUUUCUCACUCUGAUUAAAGGAGGUGCAUCUUUGGACCUGAAAGCUUGUCCUCAGAAACCAGCAAAAUGGAUUCCUGAUAUGACCUGGCUCAACCUUGUAGAGCUCAGAAAACUGUGGCAGUUCUCUGAUAUACUGGAUCAGAUAAGUCGGAACGAGAAGCAGUGGAAGUCAUGGUUUGAUAAGGAGGCCCCAGAGGAGGAGGUGUUACCCAACUCCUACGAACAAGACCUUGACAGUUUUAAACGUCUUCUUCUCAUACGCUGCUGGUGUCCUGACAGGACCAUAGCGCAGGCCCGUAAAUACAUAAUGAGCACCAUGGGUGAGAAAUACACGGAAGGGUUGAUUCUUGACUUGGAGAAGACGUGGGAGGAGUCCGACCCACGAACGCCUCUCAUCUGCUUCCUGUCAAUGGGCUCAGAUCCGACUAACUCCAUCAUCGCACUGGGGAGGAAGCUAAAGGUUGAGACACAAAAUGUCUCCAUGGGACAAGGGCAAGAGGUCCAUGCUCGCAAGCUUCUACAGCAGACCAUGGCUAAUGGUGGCUGGGCCUUACUGCAGAACUGCCACCUGGGUCUGGACUUCAUGGAUGAGCUGAUGGACACAGUGACCGAUACAGACUUUGUGCACAGCAACUUCCGGCUGUGGAUGACCACAGAGGUCCACAGACACUUUCCUAUCACCCUUCUGCAGAUGUCAAUCAAGUUCACCAGUGAACCGCCUCAGGGCCUCAGAGCAGGGCUUAAACGGACCUAUGGAGGCAUAAACCAGGACCUGCUGGAUGUCAGCAACAUGGUGCAGUGGAAGCCGAUGCUCUACGCAGUUGCGUUUCUCCACAGCAUAGUUCAAGAGAGGAGAAAGUAUGGCUCUCUGGGUUGGAACAUCCCCUAUGAGUUCAACCAGGCUGACUUCAAUGCCAGUGUCCAGUUUGUGCAGAACCACCUCGAUGAUGUCGACAUUAAAAAGGUGCAAGAAGUGACUACACUUAGUCUUUUUCUUUUUAAACCAGCUACCGGUGAGAUGCAGCUGAAACAGCGCAGAACCACGGACUCUCACACCCAUUAUCUCUCAUUUCAGGGUGUAUCUUGGAACACGGUGCAAUACAUGAUCGGAGAGAUUCAGUACGGCGGCCGUGUGACUGACGACUAUGACAAGCGCCUCCUCAACACCUUUGCCAAAGUGUGGUUCAAUGACAACAUGUUUACUCCUGCCUUCAACUUCUACAGUGGCUACAGUAUCCCAAAAUGCUCCAGUGUCGACGAGUAUCUGACAUAUGUUAAGGGUCUGCCGGCCUAUGACACUCCCGAGGUGUUUGGCCUCCACCCGAACGCAGACAUAACUUACCAGAGUAAACUGGCGAAGGAAGUCCUGGAUACCAUACUCAGUAUUCAGCCUAAAGACAGCGCCUCGGGUGGAGGGGAGACCAGAGAGGCUGUGGUGUCCAGGCUGGCUGAUGACAUGCUGGAUAAACUGCCUCCAGAUUAUGUACCUUUUGAAGUGAGAGAGCGUCUCCUGAAGAUGGGUCCAUUCCAGCCCAUGAAUAUUUUCCUGCGUCAGGAGAUUGAUCGGAUGCAGAGGGUCAUAGUUCUGGUCCGAAACACCCUCACAGACCUCAAGCUGGCAAUCGACGGAACCAUCAUCAUGAGCGAGAACCUGCGGGAUGCCCUGGACUGCAUGUACGACGCACGCAUCCCAGCACGCUGGAAGAAGGCGUCGUGGGCCUCCAGCACCCUGGGGUUCUGGUUCACAGAGCUGCUUGAGCGGAACCGGCAGUUCCACGCGUGGCUCUUCGAAGGGCGUCCCAACUGCUUCUGGAUGACAGGCUUCUUCAACCCACAGGGCUUCCUGACAGCAAUGAAGCAGGAGAUCACGAGGGCCAACAAGGGCUGGGCCCUGGACCGCAUGGUGCUGUGCAAUGAGGUGACCAAGUGGAUGAAAGACGACAUCACCCAACCUCCCACAGGGGGAGUAUACAUCUAUGGCCUUUACCUGGAGGGAGCCGGCUGGGACCGUCGCAGCUGCAAACUCAUCGAAUCCAAACCCAAAGUUCUCUUCGAGAUGAUGCCUGUGAUUAGGAUGUAUGCUGAGAACAAUGGUGUGAAGGACCCACGCCUCUACUCCUGUCCAGUCUAUAAGAAGCCCGCCAGAACCGACAUGAAUUACAUUGCGGCUAUAGAUCUGAAGACUCUGCGGUCUCCUGAUCACUGGAUCCUCCGGGGCGUGGCUCUCCUCUGUGACAUCAAGUGACCUCUUCAUACGGACUCAUUUUUACUCUGGGACUGACGUAAGGAGUUGUAUGUAGUGCUGUAACCUCAAGCUCUAAUUGACGACAUCAGUUGUAUUUGUUUUGCUUGAGGAAAAAAAAAGAAAAAGGACAAAAAGUACAACAGAGCUACAGUAUGAGCUGUGUUCGACUGAUGUGAUCAGUAUGUCACAGCCCCACAGAGCCUUGCUCAGAGACACCACAAGAAAGUGUGGUCUGUGGUCGGACACGUCAGCUGAUACGUCUUUCACCGGUUGCUGACUAAAUAAUAAUCACCAAUCCCUUGUUUUUUUGUUUUUUUUUCAAUAGACAAUGUCGCCCCUUACUGUCAAAACUUUGAAUUACACAGUUCUGCAGCGGAUAGAAAAGCUCCAGCCAUUUCAUUCAUCCUCUGCGGCUUUAUCCUGGACAUGAGCGUUGUGGGGAGUCAAUCCACUUAAACGCUGCAUGUUUUUGAAAUGUGGGAGGAAACCAGAAAACCCAUGUGCAUAUAUUUACACGUUAUAUUAUAAUUUAGAAUGAGCUGCAGUUGGCAUCUUUGUCCUCUCAUGUUUAAAAAAGAAAAGACUAUAUUCAAAUACAGUCAGAGCCAGUUGAUUUAAAACUAUUACACUUUUGCAUUGAAACGAUACAUACCCACACUCUUAUAUUCUCAUUUGUCAAAAUGUGAAAUAAAGUUAAAUGUAUUCACGUUUAUGAGUUAAUA